AUGUCCACCAACAACAAAUACGCCCAAGAUGGCCCCGAAGCCAAGGAAAUCGCCCAAUACCUUCCGUAUUUCCCCUUCAAGGGAAUCCCUCGAUUCUACGACAUUGGUGGCUUUCUGUACGAACCUGCCAUCUUUCAAAAGAUUGUCGACAUCUUUGUCGAACGCUAUUCGGUCCUUCAGAUUGAUGUCAUUGCUGGACUCGAUGCGCGUGGAUUUGUCCUGGGACCUCCCAUUGCGCUAGCCUUGAAGAAACCCUUUGUCAUGAUGCGCAAGGCCGGCAAAAUGCCCAACACGAUUUGCAGUGACGAUUACAAGACGGAAUACGGAAACCGCAGUGGAAUGACUCUCCAAAAGGACAAGAUUACAGAAGGCCAACGUGUCUUGAUUAUUGAUGAUUUGGUCGCUACGGGAGGAACCUUGUCCAGCGCCAUUUCCUUGGUCAAGAUGCUCAAGGGAACGGUCGUCGAAUGUGCCUGCGUGGUCGAACUCAAAAUGUUUGUCGAUCCACCAGCCGACAGUGGACUUCCUUCUCGCACUAAGCUCUUCAAGGAUCUUGGACACGAUGGUAUUCCUGUCUGGGGAUUGAUCAGUGAGGAUGUCUUGACCAACGAAGCCAAGCUUCCUGAUGGAUAUGUCGACGAUGGAGAGGAGCAUUAG